ACUCUUUCAGUAACAACUGGUUCAGCCGCUAGAGGUGAAGUUUCAGUUCACCAAACUACUAAUCUUAUCAUAAGUUCUCUUGCAAUACAGUAUUUUAUUUCAAAGCUAAAUUAAUAAGAUAAUGGUCAUUCCAGGCUCUUGGAGAGAUUGUCAAGCUUGGAAAGCUGACGGAAUUGAGCUAUCAACAACCAAUAAUGAAACUGCAAAACUGUACGAUGCAGCCCUCCAUCAAAUAAUGAGUUUAACAAAUGAUCCAAGUUUAGGAGGCCUCCCAUCAACUAUACAAAGAAUGGUGGAAACAGAUCCUAAUUUCCUAAUGGGUCAAUUAUUUAAAGAAAUGUCUUCGAUUGAUGUUGUAACACCCGGUGAGGAGACGAUUCAAAAUCUAGAACGACUACGAGUCAUUGCUCAAUCUAAUCGAGUUGCAAGCUGGGAAAAAUUAUGCUUUGAGGCUGUUGAACACCAAAUUUAUGGGAGGCAGCUAGAGGCAUCCAGAAUUUACGAACGAAACUCUAUGCUGAAUCCGAACGAAAUAUUUUCCAUCAGCCGCUUAUUCGUCUUAAACAUUAAUACUGGAUAUAGUGAACAAAUGAAAAAUUCCCUUGGCUAUGCAGUUAAUGCGUAUAGCGAAAAAAAACCGCUGUAUAACUAUCUAUUAGGCAGGUACGGAUUUGCCUUAAAUGAAUGUAAUAAGAAUUCAGAAGGAGAGAAAUGGGCAAGAAAAGGAUUAGAUUUAAACAACGGUCGAGAUCCAUGGGCAACCCAUGCUGUAUCCCACGUCCUAUUAGAUUCCUCAAGAUCGGCCGAAGGUAUUCAUUUUCUUCGUAGUACAGAAGCAGAUUGGCGUAAAGGGGACAUGUUUUUGGGACACAACGCCUGGCACUUAGGUAUUUUUUACGUUGAAAGAGGAAUGUACGAAGAAGCUUUGGAAUUGUUUAAUGAUACGAUUUGUAUAGAAGCUUGUAAAAAUGAAGCCAUGUUAUUUCUGAACGACGCAGCUUCCCUCCUAUUUAGGUUAAAAAUGGAAGGGUUAAAUGUUAAAGAAGAAACUAUAAAAAUAUGCGAAGUAUUUAAACAACACGCUUUUAAACAUACCAGUAUGUUUGAUGAUGCUCAUCUAUUGCUAACUUGUGGUUCAGAUAAGGAGUUUUGCAAUCAAAUACUUGACAGUGUGGAGAAUUUCAUACAAGGAAAUUCGGGAAAGUAUCAGCAAGUAGUUGCUAGAGAAGUUGGAACGCAUAUUUUAAAAGCUAUUGUUGAAUAUGAAAAUGAAGAAUAUGAUAAAGUAGUCGAACUCCUCCUUCCUGUUCGCUAUGAGAUUUGGAUGUGUGGUGGAAGUAAUGCUCAGCGAGAUAUCUUUCACUUAAUUCUCUUAUCGGCUGCUUCCAAAUCAAUAUCUUAUCAGGACCUUGCUAGGUCUUUGCUCGUUGAAAGGACGAGCAACAAACAGACAUUGGAACUAAACGGAAGAUGGCUUCAACGUUUAAGUUUAUGA